AUGGACGUGGACGUAGAGUCGUCCAAGAAGGGCACGAUGGACAUUGACGCCGGUGGCAACGGAAAGAAGGCCCCUCGCUUCCAGGUCAAGAAGUGGAACAGCGUUUGUCUUUGGAGCUGGGACAUCGUUGUGGACAAUUGCGCGAUUUGCCGAAACCACAUCAUGGACCUAUGCAUCGAGUGCCAGGCUAACCAAGGAAGCGCUACCACGGAGGAGUGCACCGUCGCAUGGGGUCAGUGCAACCACGCCUUCCACUUCCACUGCAUCUCGCGCUGGCUCAAGACGAGGCAGGUCUGCCCCUUGGACAACAGGGAAUGGGAAUUGCAGAAGUACGGAAGAUGA